CACCUUACUCACUCACACCAACUACUCCAAUUUGCAGGCCUCGAGCUUUUCCCUUCGCUAUCUUUCCCAAAGCUACUGCAUCAUUUGACAAAGUCCAUUUAGGUCAUCCCCGCUGGCCGUCCUCACAUGGGACAGCUUUUCCUGCUCCGCUUUUCUCGUGAUCGGUUCUCCAGUCCAAUGCCAUCGCCACCGUCGCCAUUGUUCGACCAGUGACCGAGCCUGUCCGCUUGCCGUCUGAUUGUUGAGCCCGACGUCUCGAUUCACACCCUCUCCCUCGACUGCGCACCCGACCCACAUACCGAAAAACCUCGAAGUCUUCCUCAGUUGGACACGAGGUCUCUUGAGGUCCACCUAUAUCCCCUUUGAAAGGUCAGGGCCGGUCGUUCAGACUGCCCUUUGCACGCCGACACCAUUCCUUCUCCUCGCCCGUCCACCGAAUCUUUCCUCCACCACCGAUCGCAUUCGUCUCGCUCCAGAGCAGACCUGGAAGACCCCUCGUCCACAUUGCAGACUUCCAUAGGGAACGAAAAAGACGAAAGCCAUCGGCGCCCCUCAUACUCAGGGUCUGACUCUGACGACUUCUCCCUUUGGAGCGAUACCGGAGAUCUCGCAGAGCAGCUCACCAACAACGAGGACCCCUAUCGGAUCGAGCUAGAUCCUCUGACCCGGGAAGGUCAAAGGCUCAGAGACUCCGGUCGUGGUCACGGUGGAGGACGGAAGAAGAGAGUCGGAUUUCGAGACCAAGAUCACCUUGAGCGGGAUCAACCCCCUCUUGGGAUAGAUAAAGAGGCUAUCUUCAUUCCGGAGCCUCCACCGAGGCAGAUUACCAAGGCAGAAAGAAUAUUAGCUCUCAUCAUGGCUCCCACUGACACCGAGAGUGCCCGAGCGAAGGGGCUCGUGGGGAAGCCGUUGUUGUACUUCACAAGUGUUUUCGUAUCACUGGGUGUAUUUCUUUUUGGCUACGACCAAGGCGUCAUGUCUGGCAUUAUCACGGGUCCCUUUUUCAGAGAUGCAUUCAAUCAACCUGGCCCCGCUGAAGUUGGGACCAUGGUGGCCAUCCUCGAGGUUGGCGCACUUAUAUCAUCGCUAUGCGUCGGACGCAUUGGCGACAUCAUUGGACGUCGUAAGACUAUUCUUUAUGGAUCAAUGGUUUUCUUCGUCGGUGGGAUGCUCCAAACUCUCGCAAAUGGAAUGCCCAUGAUGAUGGUAGGGAGGCUGAUCGCGGGGUUUGGAGUCGGUGCGCUUUCCACCAUUGUACCUGUCUAUCAAUCCGAGAUCAGUCCUCCACACAAUAGAGGCAAGCUGGCCUGCAUAGAGUUUACCGGUAAUAUUACGGGUUACGCUGCAAGUGUUUGGGUCGACUACUUCUGCAGCUUUAUCCAGAGCGACCUCUCAUGGAGAGUGCCGCUGUUGAUGCAAUGUGUCAUGGGGGCACUUCUCGGGUUUGGCAGCUUGAUUAUCUGCGAAUCUCCUCGGUGGCUCCUGGACAAUGACCACGACGAGGAGGGCAUCAUUGUCAUCGCCAAUCUCUACGGCAAAGGUGACAUUCAUAACGCCAAGGCCCGACAAGAAUAUCGCGAGAUCAAAAUGAACGUCCUGCUGCAACGUCAAGAAGGAGAGCGUUCGUACUCGGACAUGUUCAAACGGUACUAUAAGCGCGUCUUUAUUGCCAUGUCGGCUCAGGCGUUCGCACAGCUGAAUGGUAUCAACGUCAUCUCGUACUACGCCCCCCUUGUUUUUGAAUCGGCAGGCUGGGUGGGACGAGACGCCAUCCUCAUGACUGGCAUUAAUGCAUUCACAUACUUGGGGUCGACAAUUCCGCCGUGGUAUCUGGUCGAUAAAUGGGGACGGCGGCCUAUUCUGUUGUCGGGGGCUGUGGCUAUGAUCAUCUCCUUGUCACUCAUCUCCUAUUUCAUCUUCAUCGACGUGCGGUGGACCCCGACCCUGGUGGUGGUUUUUGUCAUGAUUUACAAUGCAGCAUUCGGGGCCAGUUGGGGCCCUAUACCGUGGCUGUAUCCUCCUGAGAUUCUGCCACUCAGCAUUCGGGCAAAAGGUGCCAGCUUGAGUACGGCCAGCAACUGGGCGUUCAAUUUUUUGGUCGGCGAACUUACGCCCAUCCUCCAGAAAUCGAUCAAGUGGAGAUUGUACCUUGUGCACGCCUUCUUCUGCGCACUCAGUUUCGUCCUUGUUUAUUUCGUAUAUCCUGAAACGGCCAACGUCCGCCUUGAAGACAUGAACGCGCUCUUUGGAGAUGCCACAACGGCGAUGCCGACUCCCUCGACCCAGGCGGAACGAGGAUCUCUCAUGGGCGUCGGAUCGCCAUCUUCUAUCGACAUCAGACAAGGUGGCCCCCAGCCAGGUGUCUUUUCCGCGGAUGCUGCAAUUCCUGGCCUUGACAUCGACCCUCCUGAUGUCCAACUAGACGAAAACGGAAAGCCGAGAGGUAGAAGCCAGAGCAAUCAAGACGGUCUGGGGGGUUGGAUUGGUCGAAUGGUGUCCAGGACGCGCCAAGACAACAGUUCCCGCGGUCAAUAUGGGAAGAUCGGUCAAGACGAGGACUAAAGCCACAGGCGCUGGAUUUUGAAUGUUAUAUUGUGUCGACUUACUAGGUGUAUAGAUAUAGAGCUGCAACGCGGCACCGCUGCCGCGGUUGAACGACAUGGGGGUACGUCACUGUCUGCAUCUAGGGAGUCAAAAGCCGCCUGUUUGAGCCUGGGACUCUACACUGAAGGCGGGGGGGGGGG